ACCUUGCGCACAAACGACCUGCUUUCCCUGCGAUUUUCCUGCAACACCUGCAAGGGCGUUGCAGAUAUCAAAAAUUUUGAGCUAGCCGGCACUUAUUAUGCUCUACAUAAAAUCGGUCCGUCACUUGCCUCGCCCAACCAACUGUACCAACGCAGCUUAAAUAGCAUCGCAAAAUGCUUGCGCGCGCACGCCGUCUACCUAGCCGGUCAUACGAGUGGACUGCCUUCAGCUCUAUACCGCAAUUGCGACCGAUUGGACGGCUGAGAACGCUAGAAACCAGCACCGCGAUGCCCAGCGGCGCGUUACACGGCAGUCACGCUCGCCCCUCUAGGACUGCUUCAGUGUGCCACGCGUCGUCCGUUGAUGCGUCUGCAUUGGCGGGUGACGCACGGGUGGCGACCUCAGACUCGCCGGCGGUGUAUGUGUACAGCGGAGAGGGCGCCGGGUAUCGCAGCGCCAGGACGGCCUUGGAGUCGGCGCGGGAGUUCCUGGCCCCAGGCGUUCACGUGCGCUUCCUGUCAACAGCGGAGCUACUGGAGGGGAGCUGGGCGGAUAGGUGCUUGCUACUGAUAAUGCCAGGCGGAGCGGACCUGCCCUACUGCAAGCACCUGAACGGGCGAGGGAACCGCAUCAUCCGGGGCUACGUCGAGGCGGGUGGCGCCUAUCUGGGCAUCUGCGCCGGCGCCUACUACGCCUGCGCGCGUGUGGAAUUCGAGCCGGGCAGUCGGCUGCAGGUGCUGGGGGACCGCGAGCUGGCCUUCUUCCCGGGCCGGGCGAGAGGCGCGGCGUACCCAGGCUUCGACUACUUGUCUGAGGCGGGCUCCACCGCGGCGCCACUCGCCUUCCGGCCGCCGCCGCCGCCGCACCUGCUGGCGGCCAUGGCCCUGGACAUCAGCCCCCGUGACCCCCGGCACGGCACACAGCAGCAGCGCCAACAGCAGGAGGAGGAGGAGGAGGAGGAGGCGGCUCGGGGAGGGGGCGGCAGUGCCACCCAGGUGCAGUGGGCUCGGGGCCUGGCGCCGCAACACCUGCAGCUGCGGCUCAAGGCAUGCGGGCCGGCGCCCCCAUCACCCGCUUCUUCGCCGCCGCCUGCACCGCCAGCAGCGGCGCCAGCGCCAACGUCAGCGGCAACGGCGGCUGCGGACGGGUCAGCGGCCACGGCAGCUGCAUGCACGGCACCCGCCGCGGCGCCAGCGGCGUCGGAGCAGUGGCACUACUGCCGGGACUACUCCAACGGCGGGCCCGUGUUUGAGCUGGUGCCGCCGCCGGCUGGGGCGCCAGCAGUGGCUGGGGCAGCUGGGGCGCCGGCUGCGCCUGCCGAGGUGGAGGUGCUGGCGGUGUACCCGGAGCUGGGGGAUGCGCUGGCGGCCGUCAGGUGCCGAGUGGGGUCGGGCGUGGCAGUGCUGUGCGGCACACACCCGGAACUGCCCGCGGCGGCGCUGGGCGAGGCGGUGGAGGCGUUGGGGCUGGCCGCACACGACCCGCUGCAGGCAGCGCACAUUGCCCACCUGGGCUCGGAGCUGGGGCGAUGGGAGGAGGCGCGCCGGAGCUUCUGGCUGGCGCUGCUGCUGGCGUGCUGCAGCAGUGUGCCGUGGACGGGGCCACGAGCGGCGGAGUUUGGCGGGGCGGCGGCGGCGGGUGGCGGCGGAGUGCAGGCGCAGGAGAAGGAGGAGCAUGAGCAGCAGCAGGUGUCGGCGGUGGUGUCGGGUGUUCAUGGGAGCCGGGAGGUGCGGCUGACGGGUGCGACGGGGCGGGGCGGGGUCCGGCAGGGAGGUGCGGUGGCGCCAGCCUGAUGUCCGUGGAUAUGUGGCAACAUCUGCUGAUGGAGACAGAGUGCUGUAAAGCUCGUGUUCA